AUGACAGAGAUACCUGAAGACACCUGCUUGGCCAGUCACUGUCUGAGGUGGGUCACUGCUGUGGCCAAUGAUUGCCUACGUGCAGAGAUGGGAUGGGACCAGUGGAGAAUCUGGAUGAAGACACUCUCUGACCAUGUAAUAGUGAUGGAACCUACAAGUUCUCGUUCUUUCCAGGGAGGUGAACACGGUGGCGGUGUACACAAUGAAGAUGAGGAUGAAGAUUAUGCUGAAGAUGAUGAUGAUAGUGAAUGUGAUGGUGAUGCUAGUGAUGAUGAUGAUGAGAGUGAUGAUGAUGAUGAUAGUGAUGAUGAUGAGAGUGAUAAUGAUGCUAGUGAUGAUGAUGAUGAUGAUGAUAGUGAUGAUGAUGAGAGUGAUAAUGAUGAUAAUGAUGAUGAGAGUGAUGAUGAUAAUGAUGAUAGUGAUGAUGGUGAUGAUGAUAGUGAUGAUGAUGAUAGUAAAUGUGAUGGUGAUGCUAGUGAUGGUGGUGAUGAUGAUGAUGCUAGUGAUGAUGAUGAUGAUGAUGAUGAUGAUAGUGAUGAUAGUGAUGAUGAUAAUGAUGCUUGUGAUGAUGAUGAUGGUGGUGGUGAUGAUGAUGAUGAUGAUAAUGAUGCAAGUGACGAGGAUGCUUGUGAUGAUGAUGAUGGUGGUGAUGAUGAGAGUGAUGAUGAUGAUAAUGAUGCUUGUGAUGAUGAUGAUGAUGAGAGUGAUGAUGAUGAUGAUGCAAGUGAUGAGGAUGCUUGUGAUGAUGAUGAUGGUGGUGAUGAUGAGAGUGAUGAUGAUGAUGAUAAUGAUGCCUAUGAUGAUGAUGAGAUUGAUGAUGAUGAUGAUGAUGCAAGUGAUGAGGAUGCUUGUGAUGAUGAUGAUGGUGGUGAUGAUGAGAGUGAUGAUGAUGAUGAUGAUAAUGAUGCAAGUGAUGAGGAUGAUUGUGAUGAUGAUGAUGGUGGUGAUGAUGAGAGUGAUGGUGAUGAUGAUGAUGAUGAUAAUGAUGCUUGUGAUGAUGAUGAUGGGGGGCUGCACACAGGUACACGGUGCAGUUAUCUUGCAGCGAGCAGUCACGUGACCAGGUUGUUGAUGUUUACAGCGGAGGUGAAGUAA